GUCAAAUUUGCCCUCUCUUGCUCUGUCGUAAUUAAGGAUCAAACAUACUCUCUGUCUCUCCCCUCUCUCGCUCCGACCACCUAGAAAAGGGGGACUGUGUAAUGGGGGGGAAUCGCUUGGCACCUGGCUAUAGGUUUACUCCCACUGAUUUGGAGCUUGUAAGAUACUACCUGAAGAGGAAAAUUCUAGGGGAUGAUAUACUGCCUAGUCCCAUAGAUGAGCUGGACAUUUACAAGUUUGAACCAAGAGAUUUACCCCAGAAAUCAUCCCUAAGGACAGGAGAUCUUCAGUGGCACUUCUUCUGUCCGACGUCUGAUAAGUCUUGCAACGGCAGCGGUGCGCGAAACCGUGUGGCUGUAUCUGGUUUUUGGAAGCACACAGGGAAUCCUAAAGAUGUUACUUACAAGGAAGAGGUCGUUGGAAAAAGGAACUCUUUUGUUUAUUACCGCGGGAUGAAGAGGUCUAGUUCAACACGCACUAACUGGGUCAUGCAUGAAUACAAACUUGAAGACAGAACACUGGAGCAGAGUGUUCGUCAGGAUGACUUUGUCAUUUGUAAGAUCUUCGAGAAGCCUGGAACUGGACAUAUGAAUGGUUCUGAAUACGGUGCUCCAUUUAAGGAUGAAGAUUGGAUUGAUGAGGAAGAUAAAGAGAGUCGUGUAGCUAUUCCUGAUCCUGGUCCUAACGGCGAGUCUUUACUUGUGGACGGAUUCAACAACCAGUAUGAGGUUUCUCGUGUUUGCUUAGAAGAUGGUAAUGGACUGGUUACAAGGCUUGCAAAAUGUGCCAGUCCCAGAGAUUGAUAUGGACUGGUCACAAGGCUUGCAAAAUGUGCCAGACCCAGAGAUAGAUGAACUGAUGGAGCUAUUCGCUCCAACCGCUGCUGAGGCCGAUCUCUAGUGUGGACAGAACGGAUAGACAAAACCA